AUGAAUAUUAGACAUGUAGAUGGGUGUUCAUAUUUUGAGAGGAAGCAAGAUGAAACAUGUAAGGAUGAGAUAAAAAAGGUAAUGGAUAAUUUAAUAUAUGAAAGAAAAAGGAAUUUUAAGGAGAAUGAUAAUUAUUGCUAUAAUUCUGGUAUGAGUAUAUGUCCAAAUAUAUAUUGUAAUAUAUAUACGGAUUUAUAUAAUUGGUUUGGAUUUAAGAAUUGUCGAAACAUAGAUACGGAAUCAUUAAAUUGUUGUUUUACUGAUGUAACAAAUGGUGGAAUUGGGUAUUACGAAAAAUUGAUAGUUUUAGGAGGUCGUAUUUUAGAAUUAUAUAGUGAAUUACAUUUUUAUAAUAAAUAUAAUUAUGAGAAGAAUGAAGAAAUAGUAGAAGAUUUAAAAAAUAUGAAAUGUAUUAAAGAAGUGGUUUAUCAUUAUUUAUAUGUUCAAAAAAGAAAAAAUCGUGUUAUAUAUAAAAAUAGUUUAUAUUUAUUUGGAUAUUCCUAUUUAUAUACUCCUUUAUUUUUUAAUAAUAAAAAUUCAAUUAUAAAAUAUGUAAAAGCUUGUAUAGCAUACGCAGUCAAAUUUAAUGAAUCAAAUAUUUUUUCUUGGAUGCCUUCAUUAAUCGAACAUAUAUAUUAUUCACAAAAAUUAAAAGUAUCCCAAAUAGAAGAAGAAAACGAAUUAAUACAAGAUUUACAAGAAUAUAUGGGAUACCAAUUUGAUUAUAUAUUACCUAGAAUAGCUGAAUGUUUUAGUUAUCAUAAUAUUUAUAUAAGUAAUUCUCACUUAACCGGUUUGCAGAUCAUUCAGCUCUUUUCAAACGAGUACUUUUCUCUCUUAGCAGACGAUGUUGGAAUCUGCAGCAAGGAAAAAACCAUAUGGGUUAAAGAGGAAACGGAUGCAUUUUUAAAUUCCAAAUGUAUAGAGAUAUUUAGUGGUAGCAUGAUAUCAAUAAAUAAAUUUUUAAAUGAGAAUAAUGUAAAAAUGGAUAAGAUAAAAAACAUUUUCGAAAUGCUAUUAUCAUCAUGUUGGGUUUUAGGAAAUGAGAAAAGAAAUAGAAUAUGGGUAAGUGCUUUAAUUCAAAGAUUAAGACAAGUACAAUUAUUAACACAAAUAACUACUAUAGAAAAAUGGUGUUAUAAUAUAAAGAAAUAUAAUGAUAUAAAUAUAACUAAUUUUGUAAAAGAUAUAUAUAGCUUUAAUAAUAUAAAUGGUAAUAUACUUUCUCCCUUCCAAUUACAUAAUAUUAAUACUUAUAUCCCAUCAAAAGAAACAACAUUAAAAACAUUACCAUAUUAUAAAACAAUGGUUGAUAAAUAUAAACACAAAGAUAAUGAUAAAGAAAAACAUAAUGGAAAUAAAAUCAAAGAUUGGAACUUUUAUAGUAUCUUAAAUAAUAUAUCUAACAAUAUUUAUAAGCAUUUUGUUCCUAGAAAUCAAGGGAACAAAAAAUCAUCGAACAUCAACAAAUUUAUUUAUACAAACAAUGAAACGGUACAACAAGAUGUUUUUAAUUCGGCAGAUAUUAAAGAGUUAUACUUAAAGGUACAAGUUCCACCUUGCGAUAACUCUUAUAUGUCAUCAUCAGUACAAUCAGAUGACAUGAAUGAGGAGGAAUAUGAAAAGUAUGAUUUAAUUAAUCAUGCACAAAAGAAAAAACAAAAUGGAAUACCUGUGAAAAUAAAAUAUGUAAGGGAUACACUCGAUGAUGAAAAUUCCAAAUAUGUAAUUGAAAUACCCAAGAAGGAUUUGAAGGGACAUGAAAAGAAAGAUCACAUCAAAGCAGUUCUUUGGGGGAAUAGUAAAAAGGGGUUGGAAAUAAAAUUACCAGGAACACACAAUUUUAUUCCACAAAUGAAGAUAAAAUGA